AUGAGUGUUCCAGAUAAAAUAUAUAUUUCUUAUAACAACGUCCAUAAACUGUGUCAAAAGACUGCCCAACAUAUUUUGGAAAAAAACGAAAGACCAGAUAUCAUCAUUGCUAUUACUGGUGGUGGUUUAAUUCCAGCAAGAAUAAUCAGAUCAUUUUUAAAAGUUAAAGGUGAAAAGAAUAUUCCAAUUCAAGCCAUUGGUUUAUCAUUGUACGAAGAUUUGGGUUUGGAAAACAAAGUAGAAACCAUUGGUAAAGAAGUGAUAAGAACACAAUGGUUAGAUUUGGGAGCUUUGGAAAAACAUUUUGAUUCUAUGAUCGGUAAAAAAAUUUUAAUUGUUGAUGAAGUCGAUGAUACAAGAACUACCCUACAUUAUGCCAUCACUGAAUUGCAAAAAGAAGUUGAAGAUCAACAAAAAAAAUUGAAUAGACUGAAUGAGAAAACUGAAUUUUCUAUUUUUGUGUUGCAUAACAAGGACAAGCCUAAAAAAGCUGAAUUACCAAAGGAAAUGAUUGAAAGUGGUCAUUACAUAGCUGCCGUUACUGUUCCAGACAAAUGGUUAUGUUAUCCUUGGGAGGCUCAAGAUAUCGAUGAACAUACAGUUUUAUCAGUUGAACAAGGUAAUAAUUAG